AUGCUUUUUCAUAUUUCUAUCAUUCUAUACCUAUGUUUGCUUAAAUUUUCUCAUACAGUAAAAUAUCUUGGUGGUAUACCGGUACCUGGUCGUUCAGUACCACCAAUACGAAUUUUUGAACUUUAUGCUAAAUCUUGCAUACCAAAUGAUCGAACAUCAGCGAUCACUGAACAAUUAAGUGAUUUAUUACAAAAAUUGGAUGCAAAUGAUAUUGCAAAUAAAUUGUAUAAUUCAUUAUAUAUGGCUGUUGGUGAUAUUAAUGUAACGAAAUUGAUGGGUAAAUGGUUUGUGGUUGUUGACACACCAAGCAUUCAUAAUGAAUAUUGUCCAAUAUUUUAUUUUGAAUUAUUGGAUAAAACUCCAUAUACGGCAACAUUUACGGUACGGCAAUAUUCACGAAAUACAGAAAAGAUUAAAAUUUUGGAAGGAUAUGGAAGAAAAAUGGGAAUUGAUCCAGCGGAAUUACUUAUUAAUAUUGGUCAUCCAGCUGAUCCAUGCCCAUGUAAGUGA